AUGGGAGCUAUAGGGCCUAAUUCUGCUGUUAAGAAUAAUAGUUUUGAGUGCAUUGAGAUGGAAAGGAAAGCCCUUCUUAAGUUUAAAGAAAGUCUAAAUGAUCCUUUUCAUUGCCUAUCUUCAUGGGUUGGCAGUGAUUGCUGCAAAUGGGUGGGUGUAAGAUGCAACAAACAUACAGGGAAUGUGAUAAGGCUACAUCUUAGAGGCACAAAUAUCUGUUCCAAGGCCACAAAUAAGUCAGUCACAGACACCAAAUGGCCUUUGAGUGGUGAGUUGAAUGCUUCUCUGCUUGACUUGAAAUAUUUGAAUUAUUUGGACUUAAGUCACAAUAAUUUUGAGAAUGUUCAAGUCCCAUCAUUUUUAGGUUCACUUGGUAACUUGUGGUAUCUCAAUCUGUCCCAUUCAUCCUUUACUGGCAUGGUUCCUUCUCAGCUAGGAAACUUGUCUCAUUUGCAGUAUCUUUCUUUGUUAACACCUUCAUCUUCAUCAUUAUUAUGGGCUUCUGAUUUGAGUUGGUUGUCUAGUCUUACAUCUCUCCAAUAUCUAGAUAUGAGUAAUGUGAAUCUCAGUAGAGCAUCAAGUUCAUGGCUCCAAUCUGUCAAUAGGAUUCCAUCUCUUUCAAUUUUGAGGUUAUCUGCUUGUGGACUUUCUAGUUUACCUCAAACUCUUCCAUUUUUAAAUCUUACAUCGCUUUCAGUCCUUGAUCUUUCGUUCAAUACCUUUCAUUCCUUGAUACCAGGAUGGCUGUCCAAUAUCAGUAACAUGAGAGAACUUGACUUAAAAUUGGCAAAACUUGAAGGUCCCAUCACUACUGUAUCAUGGGGAAAUUUGUGCAAGUUACAUAGUCUAGACUUGUCAUCAAACACUCAGGUUGCUGGUGAAGUUCAAGGAUUUGUGGAGGCUUUAACAAAGCGCACCAACAGUAGCAUAGAGGUUUUAGAUUUGGCUCACAAUGAACUUACAGGGAAUUUACCAACCUCUUUGGGUUACCUUAAAAAUUUGAGAACCAUUUGGUUUGAGGGAAACAAAUUGUCUGGUUCAAUCCCUCCAUCCAUUGGAAAUUUGUCAUAUUUAACACUUCUAGACAUUUCCGACAACAAGAUGAAUGGGACUAUUGCAUCUAACAUAGGUCACCUCACUGAACUAUUGACACUGAACCUUGACGGGAAUUUUUGGGAAGGCAUCCUAACUGAAAACCAUUUUCAUAACCUCACACAUUUGUCUACAUUUUAUGUAUCAUCCAAAAUGGGGUCUUUAACUUUCAAUAUCACACAAAACUGGGUUCCAUCUUUUAAUCUAGUGGAUCUAGAAAUUCAUGACUGUCAAUUAGGCCCUGAGUUUCCAGCAUGGCUCAAAACUCAAAGCAACCUAAUGACCAUUGUUCUCAAAAACACCGGAAUAUCAGUUACAGUGCCAAAUUGGUUUUGGGAUUUCUCACCACAAGUCAUCACUGUGGACCUCUCCAAUAACCAAUUAAAGGGAAGCCUUCCAAAGUCCUUACUCUUUGGUGAUUUUGCAUCAGUUAAUUUGGGGUUUAAUGCCUUGGAAGGGUCAAUUCCAGUUUGGUCUGGUGUGACUUUCCUUUCCCUAAGCAACAACUUUCUCUCUGGCUCAAUUCCUUCAAAUAUUGGCCAAGACAUGUCACAGCUUGAAGGUUUGGAUCUUUCAGGGAACUUAAUAACUGGCAGCAUACCUUCAUCCAUGAGGUUGCUAUAUGCUUUAAGUUUUCUUGAUCUAUCAAACAAUAGUUUAUCAGGGAAAAUACCUCUAUAUCAAGAGGGACACAAGCUAAACCUGUAUACUAUUGAUCUAUCAGGCAAUAAUCUAUCAGGAGGAAUUCCUGCUUGGAUGUGCACAACACCUUCACUCAGAAUAGUUCAACUAAGCAACAACCGCCUUUCUGGGAAGCUAUCAUCCAUGUUUCCCAACUGCCCCUAUUUGUACACAAUAGAUCUUGGAGAUAAUGCAUUUUUUGGCUCCAUACCAAAGUGGCUUGGGAAUAACGUCACUUGGAUAAAUGAGCUGAGACUACAUGGCAAUGCACUUACUGGAAAUAUCCCUGAAAGUUUGUGCCAUCUAUCGCAUCUUCAUGUUCUUGAUCUUGCACACAAUAACUUUUCAGGCCAUAUCCCUCCAUGCUUAGGCAAUAUGACAGGUUUCAAAAGACCAAGUCCUUAUCAAAUUGGCAAUAUCCCCUCAGAUAAUCCUGUAGCCUACUCUGAGCACAUGGAUUUGUAUGUGAAAGGAAGAUCAAUGAAAUACACAUCAGAAAUGCAUGUUAUAAAUCUUAUUGAUCUUUCCAGCAAUCAUCUAUCUGGGGAGAUCCCACAAACACUCACAGAACUUUCAUACUUAGUUUCCUUGAACCUGUCUUGGAACCAAUUCACUGGGGUCAUACCAACAAAGAUUGGAGCACUAAAUCAAUUGGAAAGCCUUGACCUUUCGAACAACCAUCUCUCAGGUCCAAUACCUCCAAAUAUGGCUUCCUUGACUUUCUUGGGACAUUUGAACUUGUCCAAUAACAACUUGUCUGGUGAAAUACCAACAGCAAAUCAGUUCUAUACUUUGACAGAUCCCUCCAUCUAUGAGGGUAAUCCACACCUCUGUGGGACACCUUUGACUACUAAGUGUUCAGAGCAUGUUGAUGAAAGCCCCACUGGUAAUGACACAGAUGAAGAUCAAGACAGUUCCCAUGAUAAGUUGUGGUUAUAUUUGAUCAUAGGACUUGGCUACUUUGUGGGAUUUUGGGCUGUUUGUGGCAGCUUAGUGUUGAAGAGAUCUUGGAGACAUGCCUAUUUCCAGUUUGUUGAUUCCAUGAAGGAUUGGAUUUUGCUUGUUACAAUAAUGAAUUGGAUUCGAAUCAAGAGAAAACUGAAACUAGAAAAAAAUUGA